GUUGCCAUCACCGCGCAGUCAUCAUCAUCAUCAUCUACAACAUCUCGACGUCGUCGAACAGUGAAGCGCGCCUCCCUUUUAUGCUUUAUUCCUGGUGAUUUUAAUGACAAGUGUUCUCGGGAGUCGCAACGUGGACUAACAUUAGAGCCUGUGCGUGUAUGCUUUCCUGACGUUCACCUCUGUGAGUGAAUGGGGGAUCAUGUGGUCCUUCUUCUCACGAGAUCGUACGAAAGACUUUGGCUACGAAAUUGGGGAUCAUGUACAAUGUGCCGAAGAUAAGUCAUUGUGGAGUCUUCACAAAGGCAAGAAGAAGGGAACAGAGCAAGACGUAUCCGUGUUUGUCUUUCAAGUGGAGGGUGACAAUGAUGCCCAGCUUGAAACAGCCAAAGCCUCUGUGAAACGGAUAAAGACACUCAGGCAUCCUAAUAUACUUCAGUAUAUUGAUAGCUUGGAGACUGAAAAAAUAAUUUAUUUGGUCACGGAAUAUGUGGAGCCACUUGUCUUGCAAGUUAAGAGCCUUGGAAAAGACGAGGAGACAAAGCUGGCCAUUUCAUGGGGCUUGUAUCAGGUGGCUAAAGGUUUGGCCUUCUUAACGGAAGACUGUGGGCUCAGCCACAACAACAUAUGCAGUGCAUCAGUAUUUGUGGACAAAGCAGGGCAAUGGAAGAUAGCUGGCUUUGAUUAUAUGUGCCCAGCUGCGGACACACCUCCCCCGAAGACACUGCCAGAACUUGAUGUAUAUACACCUCCAGAACUUGGUGGAACCACUUCAGGAUCUCAAAACCCUGCACCAAAAUGGGCAAGAGACAGUUAUGGUCUUGGCUGUCUUACCUGGGAAGUCUUCAAUGGCCCACUGCCAAACUCAUCAUCUUUACAGAGACCUGGUAAGAUCCCAAAGAGCCUGGUGCCAGUCUUCAAUCUGCUUGUGAAUCCAAAUCCAUCUUCUCGUAUCAGUCAAGCCAAGUUUAUCACAAAAGGCCGAUCACAUGGAGGAUUUCUUAAGAACAGCUUCAUCGAUACAAUGCUCUUUGUUGAAGAGAUUCAGAUUAAGGACAUGACAGAAAAGAACCGCUUCUUCACGGGCCUGACAUCUUUAAUGGAAAAUUUUCCUGCCAAUGUUUGCAGAUACAAGAUCCUUCCACAAUUAUUAAAUGCCUUUGAGUUCAGCGAUGCUGGAUCUACGAUACUUGCCCCCUUGUUUAAGAUUGGAAAAAUGCUGAGUGAAGAAGAAUACAGACAGAAGAUUGUGCCUUGCAUAGUCAAAUUGUUCUCCUCGAAGGACAGAGCAACAAGAGCAAGGCUUUUACAACAGGUGGACCAGUUCAUUGAACAUUUGGAACCAGAUGUAGUGAACCAGGAAGUAUUUCCUAACGUCAUACAAGGGUUCCUCGAUACAAACCCCACAAUUCGAGAGCAGACAGUCAAAGCAAUGGUGCACAUGGCUCCCAAGCUCAAUUAUCGCAAUCUCAAUGAGGAGCUGAUGAAGCAUUUUGCACGUCUACAAGUUAGGGAUGACCAGGGUGGUAUUAGGACUAACACUACAGUUUGCCUUGGAAAGAUAGCUUGCUAUCUUGAUCCACAGGUUCGGCAGAAAGUGCUGAUAGUUGCCUUCACACGUUCCAUGCGAGACCCGUUUCACCCUGCAAGAAUGGCUGGUAUCUUGGCUCUCUCAGCUACCCAGGGCUACUUUACCAUCAAGGACUGUGCUGUGAAAGUUCUCCCUGUGCUCUGCAGUCUUACCAUGGACCCUGAGAAAUCUGUUAGAGACCAGGCCUUCAGAGCAAUCAAAGGCUUCUUGGGCAAGCUAGAAAAAGUUUCGGAAGAUCCUAGUCUUAUUGAGCAAAUGGAAGCUGAUGUAAAUGCUGCUGGUGCCUCCGUUCAUUCUUCCAUGGCAGCCAGUUGGGCAGGCUGGGCAGUGUCAUCACUCACGUCAAAGUUCUACAAGUCACCGCUGCCAUCUAAGCCAGUCACUGCUGAAGCAUCUCUUAUGGCCACACGUUCAGAGGAUGCUACACGAAAGUUGACAUCACAGACCCCUUCAUCGCGGGACAUCUCUCCUGAAAAUGUUCCUGGUGGCUUUGCAUCGGACACGGAUGACAAAUGGGAAAGUCAGGAGUGGGGUAGCAUGGAGGAGGAAUCAUCCUUGCAGAGCAGCUGUGUUAAGGCUACUCCAUCCAUGCAAUCACAGGAUGGUUGGGAAGAUUGUAAUUGGGAAAGCCUGGAUGAUAUUGGACUCUCUGAUGAAUGCUCACCAACAGACGUGCCUUCUGCAUCUAAAGUUGCUCCUGAAAUGGACUCUGGUAAUGGGGACCAGAAGACGUCGUGGGAGUGCGAUGCUGACUGGGACAAAUGGGGAUCUGGAAGUGGAAAAGGGGACACAAAGAGUGAUGAGAUGAAGCGAAAAAGGGAAGAAAGACGACAGCAGAGGCUGAAGGAGCAGCAAGAGCGUCGAGCAGCACGUCAAGGUGCAGGCCCUCUAAAGCUGGGUGUUCGCAAGGAAUUUGUAGAGUAAGAUUUUCUCCUACCACUGGUUGUGUAAUAAAAAAAUAAUUGCAAAUUUUAUUAAUAAAGUUUCUAUUGAUGUUUUAAA